UUUUACCGUAAACCGUGAAUCAGAUCGGACGUGUCUCGUUGAUCUCGUGUGAUAUGCUUAAUUGAUUAAUCACAUUUGUAUUCUGAGUUUGUAAUUAGUUCUGAGUUCGAGUUUAUGAGUUGACCAAUAAAAACGUGUUUCGAUAAGUGCUCAAAUUAUUGCUUUAUUCGAUUUCUCACGUUCACUAUAAUAUUUAUAUAUACAGUUCAAUAAUUCAUGGUUCAACUGUUAAACUAUUACCCUUUUGAAAAAGCCAUUCUCCUGACAAACUACAAAUUGACUCGCUGUCUUACAGUAUAUAGUCAAGAAUUGAGCCCCUGUCUCUCUCUCUUCUCACGUGGACUUUUUCUUUUUGGCCAGCGUGCGUCUUGCCACGCCGUAUUUAUAGCGAUAACGUGUGUUGUUCAAAAAUAGCUGAAAAUCGUGUAUACACGCACGCAUAAGUGAACACCCUGUAUCGUAAAAAUGAGCCUGCUUUCCAACUGGCAGACCACUAAAGAGAAACUCUCGGAGCGUGGCCAGUACUUGCUGGAGACUGGACAAUGGUCCGAUUGCAAUUUUAUCGUCGGGCAAGAACCUCAACAACAGAUUUUCAAAGGCCACAAAGUGCUUCUGGCAAUGUCUAGUCCAGUUUUUGAAGCUAUGUUCUUUGGCGGCAUGGCAGAAAAGAAUUAUCCGAUACCGAUAAAGGAUGUUCAGCCUGAAACGUUUAGGGCUUUGUUGGAAUAUAUUUAUACAGAUAAAGUAGAGUUAGGAUCUUUCGAGUUGGCUUGUGAGUUAUGUUAUUGUGCCAAGAAGUACAUGCUGCCAUGCUUAGUAGAGGAAUGCACAAAGUAUCUCUGGUCAGAUCUCUCGCCGAAGAAAGCAUGUAGGGCAUACGAAUUUGCUCAAUUGUUUGAAGAACCUGUGUUGAUGGACAAGUGUUUGCAGAUCAUACGCACAAAGACGGACGAAAUAUUAAAGGAAUCUAGUUGGGAGGAUGUGGAGCUGGGAACACUUCUCAAGGUCUUGGACCAAGAUGAUUUGCAGAUCAGUUCGGAGAUAGAAUUAUUUACUGGAUUGGAACAAUGGGCCAAGGCAGAAUGUUCUAGGAAAUCUCUUGAUCCAACCAAUGGAAAAUCUUUAAAAUCUGUUAUUGGAAAUGCCCUCUCAAAGAUAAGAUUUUUGAGUUUGACUCCGCAAGAGUUUGCAGGAGGUGCUAGUAUGUCUCCUCUGUUCACAAAAGAUGAGGCUUUUGAUAUAUUAAUUAAUAUAUUACGUACUGACAACAAAACACCUAUGCCCGAAGGUUUUUGCACUAAUUCAAAUAGCAGAACUACCAGAAAGAAGCCUGAGAUCGGCCAUACCGACGUUUUCCGUAAUACUUAUUCAUCAAAUCUAUUGUACGGACAUGAGCGUUUCGAUAUGGACUGCAAUUACUGCAAGUACUGCGGUCGUGAGUUCAUGUAAGUGUACUGCUAAUAGCGUUCCGUUUAAAUUUUGUAUACUUUGAAGCUGUUGCAGUACACUUUCAGCAAUUCGCAUCCAGUGUUCUGAUGACCUAUCCAUUGGUAUGCUUAUUUUUUUGUCACAAAUGAAUGGAAUAAUAAAUA